AUGGAGAGUCCGGGCCCGGAGGUCGGCGAGGGCGGGGAUGAAGUGGAUUCUGCGUCGGGAGAGAUGUGGAUGCUUGGGGAGAAAGGUUUGUCUUGCACAUUCACGACGCGCUGUGGCGGGAUUAGCGGCGAGGGCGUUGGGGAUCAGGGAUUGGCGUGGAGGGCGUUGGGGAUCAGGGAUUGGCGCGGAGGGCGUUGGGGAUCAGGGAUUGGCGUGGAGGGCGUUGGGGAUCAGGGAUUGGCGUGGAGGGCGUUGGGGAUCAGGGAUUGGCGCGGAGGGCGUUGGGGAUCAGGGAUUGGCGUGGAGGGCGUUGGGGAUCAGGGAUUGGCGGGAGGGCGUUGGGGAUCAGGGUUUGGCGCGGAGGGCGUUGGGAUCAGGGAUUGGCGGGGAGGGCGUUGGGGAUCAGGGGUUGGCGCGGAGGGCGUUGGGGAUCAGGGAUUGGCGUGGAGGGCGUUGGGGAUCAGGGAUUGGCGGGGAGGGCGUUGGGGAUCAGGAAUGGCGUGGAGGGCGUUGGGGAUCAGGGAUUGGCGUGGGGGGCGUUGGGAUCAGGAUUGGCGCGGAGGGCGUUGGGGAUCAGGGAUUGGCGAGGAGGGCGUUGGGGAUCAGGGGUUGGCGCGGAGGGCGUUGGGGAUCAGGGGUUGGCGUGGAGGGCGUUGGGGAUCAGGGAUUGGUGCGGAGGGCGUUGGGGAUCAGGGAUUGGCGCGGAGGGCGUCGGGAUCAGGGAUUGGCGCGGAGGGCGUCCGGGAUCAGGGUUGGCGCGGAGGGCGUUGGGGAUCAGGGAUUGGCGCGGAGGGCGUUGGGGAUCAGGGAUUGGCGUGGAGGGCGUUGGGGAUCAGGGAUUGGCGUGGAGGGCGUUGGGGAUCAGGGAUUGGCGCGGAGGGCGUCGGGAUCAGGGAUUGGCGUGGAGGGCGUUGGGGAUCAGGGAUUGGCGCGGAGGGCGUCGGGAUCAGGGGUUGGGGCUGCGAAGCGGGAUACGGAGUCCGGAGGUUGCGGCGAAUUUGA